CUGCCGCCUGUGACCCGCAAACCAUGCUCACAUAAGUGAACUAAGUUGUAUCAUGACAUAACCAACUUAGCCUGUUAAGUGGUGCUGAGUAACUUAAUAGAAAGUGCUGUGUUUAUCUAAACCAUGCAGCGCAGCGACCGCUGGCCCGAAGACUAUGACCCUGACACGCCAAAGAGUCGGCCAACUUCUAGAAGGAACUCCGCGUCCCUCUCAAGAAGGAACAGCACAACCAAGAAGGAGAAAGAGUCUAAAAAGAAGUCACCUUUGAACACCACUCCUAGUUCCGUCCACUCCACGCCUAAGAAAACUGGUAAACCUCAAAAUCUGGACUUUGUCGUCACUGGAAGGCAAUGUUUAAAAAAAUCUGACCGCGCCAACUCCCUGCCAGGCUACAACCGUCGCCCCUCCACCGAGUCCUUGAAGACCAAGAAGCUGCACGAGUCUCCCAAGAAGGUGGCCGACGUAUCCCAAUCCUCGAAGAGCAGGGAAACUUCGCUGGAAGAUGACAUGUCUCUGGAUUUGUCACAGGUAUCGGAUUUUGAAGACAACCAUUCUAAAUAUGGUAUUAAGCAAAAGUUCACCGCUCUCGCCACGUCCACACCCAAGCCUGGAUCUAAAGCUAAGCCCAGGAGCUGUUCCUUGCAGAGUCAGAUGCAUACCAGCAGGUUGGAGAAUUCUAAGAGACUUCUCUCCUUCGAGUCCAAGAGUAAAAGCAGCCAGGAGAGUAACAACAGCUUGUACAAGACGUCCUCUUCAGCCAGCAAUUAUAAGCACGGCGUGAGCACAGAGCUGGACUACUCCUCUGUGUCUCCGGAAUACUCAGGGCAGUCGUCGGCCGACCUGUCCCCGAGGGUCUCCAGGCAGCAGGACCUGGUGCAAUCACCACGCACCAUAGAACAAAACCUAUCCAGUUGUUGCAGUUGGCAGGAUUGCAGCGAGAUGGAGCGGACCGCGAUGGGUGACCGCGAUGGUGAAUGGUCCAGCUUCUGGGCCAACUACAACAACUCUUUGUCUAAGGUACCCGUGAAGAAUUACUACGACCAGUGCCCCACACCGUACCGCACGGAGAAUUUCGACCUGGCGGAUCUUGGUAAUGCUUCUGAAUUCUCAACGGACGGCUCAAAAAACCGGACUCCAGACAACCUGCAGAAUGUCAACUACAUAAUAUGCAACGAGGGGUUACAUCUAACACCAAGAGAAACACAAAACAUGAUAAAAUGCGCUCACAUACUAGGCAACGUGUUGAGCAAAGCGAUCGAGAGGCGGUGCCGUGAAAAAGACAAGGUAGAAGAAAAAGUCAAAGAUCUUACUGGCCUCGAAGACGAGGAAGUUGAGUCGAAGAAAAAAACUCUAACGUUAGACUUGAAGGAAACGCUUUUACCCACAGAAGUGAGAUUGGAAACAAAAUGCGAGACUGUGACGACGCAAACUGACAUCUCUUUGCCGAACACGAAAAGCGCGCCGAGGAUAUUCGAGAAAAUCCUGAGGCAACUGUCGAAGACUUCCCUCGACGAGGGAUUGAAUAAAAUGGCCGAAAACAAAAGUGCGGACAACAAAGAUGAAGGCACUGAGAAAAGUGAAGCUGCGAAACAGAAUUAAGAAGAAGUACAGUACAAUUACUGAAGCUGGCAACAUCUUCAUCGUAAACCGUAGACAAAAUAGAAUAUGCAGUUUAAGUAGCGGCAAAGACAAACUUGUUGAGCAAGACCACAGACAAAUGAACUUGCGCAGUAAAUAUUUUUAGGGUUCUGUACUCAAAGGAUAAAAACGAGACCCUAUUACUAAAACUGCGCUAUCUUUUAUAUAUAAGUAUAUAUAUCCAUCUUAUAGUAAUAUAAGUUAUUUACAGGAAUGUUACCAUGUACCUUCUUUUUAGAGAGUUUAAGUUUACAACAAGGUACAUGGUAACAAACCCGUAAAUAACUUAUAUAACUAUAAUGUUGGUGACCAUGGAAGUUUAAAACAAUAUAUCCAUCUGCUGCCUGGUCCGCGUGGAAU